AUGGACAACUACGAGGCAAUACAGGCCCUACAUAAAUCACUGCCUGCAUUCUCUCCUUAUGUGCCCGCGUCUCUCCUUCCAUCCAUAGCUCUCAUCCUCUUGACAUCAACUUUCGCUCUUGCAUUUUACUUUUCAACCCUACCAAAAGACACGUUCCCGCUACGCGAGACCGCGGUGGCAUCACUAGCUAGUGUCCUCGGCGGUUUUGGAGUUGUUGCCCUGUUCUGUAGUGUUGGAGUGAACGUGUAG